AUGCCUGCCAAAGGAAGUCAAAGUAACACUGAUUUUAACUUUAUACCCACACCUUCUAUACCAUAUUCUUCAUCGGGCUUUCAUGGUAGUCAGCAUGGUAGCUCACCAGCUGCUGCACCCCCGAGCUUUCAUGGUAGUCAGCAUAGUGGCUCACCAGCUGCAGCACCCCCGAGCUUUCAUAGUAGACAGCAUAGUGGCUCACCAGCUGCUACACCCUCGAGCUUUUAUGGUAGUCAGCAUGAUGAUUCGUCUUUUGUUGCUCCAUCAUAUUCCACUCCAUCAUCAUCAUCCACUCCCAGCAUAUCUAAGUUGGAUUUUGGAGGCUCUCGCCCAGUUACAUCUAGUGCUACUUCUACACCAUCUAGUAGACGCAUGCAAAAUCUUGGAGGGGAUAUACAAUAUGAUAGUUAUAAUUGA